AGGAGUAGGUAUAAAUUGGGGAAUGGCGAUGAAUCAUCUCUUCGAUCGAAGCCAUCGAUAUUGACGAGGAGGGUGUUCGCAGCUGCUGGAGAGAUAGGAGUCCUAGAAUCCUCCGCUUUCCCUUGUUCUUCAUCUCUUUCGGUUGCCAGUCUUGAAUAGCUGAAUUAGUAGCGAUUUUGGUAUCAUCACUAAAUGAAGAAAAGGUGAUAGGGAAUUAGGAAAUAAUUAGCUCGUCUGGCAAGAUGAAUGUGGUUGGCAAAGUGGGGAGCCUGAUUUCACAAGGUGUUUACUCUGUAGCGACCCCAUUCCACCCUUUUGGUGGGGCUGUUGAUAUAAUAGUUGUCGAGCAGGAGGAUGGCACCUAUCGCAGCACCCCAUGGUAUGUUCGGUUUGGAAAGUUUCAAGGUGUUCUCAAAGGGUCCGAGAAGGUUGUUACUAUAACUGUCAAUGGAGUGGAAGCCAAUUUUAAUAUGUGUCUUGAAAACUCCGGCGAGGCCUAUUUUAUGAGAGAAGUCAUACCGGGUAGUAAGUAUGAAAAAAAUGAGCAGGAUUUGAAUAAUUUGGGCUAUGUAGAAGGAGAUGAGUUGGGCAGAAAUGGUGAUGGGAAUCACCAUUCUUUUGAUGAGAGUGAGGAGGCUACUGACAACAAUGAGCACAAUUUACAAGAUGAUGAACUUUCUCAAGAAAAUGGUGGUGAGGCCGCUGAUUAUGGCAGUUACCAUUAUGGGAGCUUGGUUGAUGUGGAAAGUGUGGUUGACGCUUCUGAAGACACUAAUUCGGAAAUGGUGUUAGUGAGUGUUGACGGGCAUGUUCUCACAGCUCCAAUAUCCUCAAACAUGGAGAAUACUGAUAAUGUGCAGCUAAGCACCCCACAGUUUCAUCUGGGACCAGGCGAAGGUUCUGGUGAUGAAUUUCGCUCCAACAGAGACGCAUGGGAUGAUGGUUUGUGCUGUGAUAUUGAUGUCUCCUCGCCCAAGAACUCAAAUUAUUCAGAUUAUCAAUUUGAAAGUUUCAAAGACACUAGAGUUGUUUCAAUUAGUGAAACAGAAAAAGAUGUUAGCAUCACGAGGAAUGCUGAUGCUGGUAGCAUGGAGAUGAUAUUGGAUAUGAAUAGAGAUGACAAGUUUCAGAGUUGUCUUGACUUAACAUCGCAUGGGCAGGAGAUUGAUUCAGAAGAUGUAGGUUCUCCAUCUCUCGGAUCAGAGACCAAGGAUAGCUUCGUGCAUUCGCCAAGAAUUUCUUCUUUCAGUGAUCAAGCUCUUGAGGAAGGAAAGAGGGAUAGUCCUAACUUCAGAAGUGGUUCACCUUUGCAACUUCCAGACGUGGGUCUUCCUUGUGAUGAAAAAACCCUGUCGGUUGGCAUAGACAUUGCAGUUUCUGAAACUAAUGUCUGUGGUGACUCCAACUCGAACGAGAAUCAACUUCAUGUAAUUCAACAUCUUGAGGAUUCUGAACUGCCUACCUGUAAUGGACCAUCAGAGAGGAAGCACAAGGUUAAAGACUCUGAUGUGGCCAAUGGCAAUCCAGAUAUUGGCUGUGCUUCUGUCAAUUCAACUAGUGAGGAUCCAGAAGAAAAUGACCAAGGGGCAGAGAAUAUCAAUGGAGUGCCUUUCAUUGUUGAAGAAUACAGUAAAACCUCAGAAAGUGAUAAGAUCAUCUCUGGUUUGGGUUUAGAGAUUUCAAUGUGUGGGAACUUACUGCAUUCUGGUAUGGGACAAAAGUCUGCUGAAGAAGUCUUUGAAGCCCAUCGGAUUUCCAAGGAGCAGUUUGAGGCAUCUGGGGCAACUUUUGUUAAAAAUGGGAAUCUUGUAGUCAGAUGGAAAGACAGAUAUGUACUCUGGGAAAAAUCUGCUCAUAUUGUUCUCGGAAUGGCAGUGUUUGGUUCUGAGUUUGUAGUUGAUCCAAAGGAUUCAAUACCUGUUGAAAAAGAUGAUGUGUCGAAGGGAAGAGAAGAUGCAGCUCCAGUCACCCCAUCUGUCAGCCGCAGAUGGAGGCUGUGGCCAAUCCCAUUUAGAAGGGUGAAAUCAAUUCACCAUAGUGACGACGGCUCUUCAAAUGAGGAUCUUUUUCUUGAUUCAGAAUCUGGUCUGCAGGAACAUGCAGAACAAAGUCCUACAAACCAUAAUAGUCCAACUCAUUCUAAGCAACUCUUGCGAACAAAAAUACCUACCACUGAGCAGAUUGCAUCUUUAAACCUGAAGGAUGGUCAAAAUAUGAUAGCCUUCAGUUUCUCCACAAGGGUUCUAGGGAAGCAACAGGUCGACGCACAUAUAUACUUGUGGAAAUGGAACGCACGAAUUGUUAUAUCUGAUGUUGAUGGAACCAUUACAAAGUCUGAUGUCCUCGGUCAGUUUAUGCCUUUAGUAGGCAGAGAUUGGACUCAGUCUGGGGUAGCUCGACUUUUCUCUGCAAUCAGGGAAAAUGGUUAUCAGCUAUUAUUCUUGAGUGCUCGAGCUAUUGUGCAGGCAUAUCUUACUAGAAGCUUUCUUCUUAAUUUGAAACAGGAUGGUAAAGCAUUACCUAAUGGGCCUGUGGUAAUUUCACCAGAUGGGUUGUUCCCUUCACUCUACCGAGAAGUUAUACGACGAGCACCCCAUGAGUUCAAAAUUGCAUGUCUAGAGGAUAUCAGAGCACUUUUUCCUUCUGAUUACAAUCCAUUCUACGCUGGCUUUGGAAACAGAGACACUGAUGAGCUUAGUUACAGAAAGAUUGGCAUACCAAAGGGGAAGAUAUUUAUCAUCAACCCAAAGGGUGAAGUAGCAAUCAAUCACUGCAUCGAUGUGAAAUCGUACACCUCUUUGCAUACCCUUGUCAACGACAUGUUCCCACCCACCUCCUUAGUUGAGCAGGAGGAUUUUAACUCUUGGAACUACUGGAAGAUGCCAUUACCUAACAUCGACUGCUGAUACCAAACAAGUCAAUGCAGGACUCUUCAGAUCAGUAGGCUUUUAACCUGGUAGCAAUUCAAAAUUUUUUUUUACAGAAAUGCAAAUCCAGGACACUUGAUUCUAGUUUCUAGUUUCUAUUCUUCUAGUUGAUAAUGGGGUUCCCUUUUCAUAUGUAAGUCAUCAAUCCUCAAAGUAGAGAACAUUGAGGUAUUAUGUGGUCAUUAGUUUGCUAUUAACACACGCCUACUUAGGUACUCAUCUGUAGAAUAAGUGUUUCAUUCCUCAACACGGUCCCCUCCUGACUUGUUCUCCUGCCAUUUGUUAUCUUCUCUUAUUUACUCUCUUAAAAGAACAGCAAAACAUUUCAAGUUUCUUAAUUACAUCUAGAUUAGAUUCACAUGGA